UCACAAACAUUCCCAUGGCUACUCACAAGGUUCUUGGGACUGUUUUCCUUGUGUUGUUAGGUUUAGGCAUUUGUUCUGCCACUAGAGCUCUACUCACAUUUGAUGAAAUAGUUGGCUCACGUGGGCGUGGCGGUGGCGGAGCUGGGUAUGGAGGUGUAGGGGAACAUGGUGGUGGCUAUGGAGCGGGUGGUGGUAGUGGAGGUGGUGGUGGUUAUGGUGCUGCUGGUGGGUAUGGAGGUGGCGGUGGAGGUGGGAGUGGUGGUGGAGCUGGAUAUGGUGCUGGAGGAGAGCAUGGUGUUGGAUAUGGAAGUGGUGGUGGUCAAGGUGGGGGUGCUGGCUAUGGGGCUGGUGGUGAACAUGGUAGUGGAGGCGGUGGAGGAGGAAGUGGUGGUGGUGCUGGAUAUGGCACUGGAGGACAGCAUGGAGGAGGUUAUGGAACUGGUGGCGGUGAAGGAGGUGGUGCAGGAUAUGGUGCUGGUGGAGACCAUGGUGUUGGUUACGGUGGUGGCCAUGGUGGAGGCGGUGGUGGUGGAUAUGGCGCAGGAGGAGACCAUGGUGUUGGUUAUGGUGGGGGAGGUGGCAGUGGAGCUGGUGGUGGCUAUGGUGCAGGUGGAGAACAUGGUGGUGGUGGGGGAAGUGGUGGAGGAGGUGGAGGUGGUUACGGGGCAGGAGGUGGAGGUGGUUAUGGAGCAGGAGGUGGUCAUGGAGGUGGAUAUGGUGGUGCUGGAGGUGCUGGAGGUGGCGGUGGUGGUGGUGGUGGCUCUGGUGGUGGGGGCGGAUAUGGUGCUGGUGGUGAACAUGGGGGUGGAUAUGGAGGGGGCGGGGGUGCUGGUGGAGGCCAUGGUGGCUAUGCCCCUUAAAAAUCUACAAAGCAUCCUAUUCCCAAGAGUCCAAGACUCCCAACAUAAAUAAAAAAAAGUAAGUUGGGCUGAAGAGUAUGCUUACAAAGCUGCAAAUCAAAGGCUUCCGCUUUCACCCUUAUAAGUAGUUGUAUCUUUACGCUGAUAAUUAAUCUGUAUUCUUAAUUAUUAAUAUUAAUAAAUUUAACUAUCAAAAUUUACAACACCAAAUCCGGACUAAACAUUUCCAUAAGGA